GGCAGGGACAGGUACCGGGAGCAUCAUGGCGGCGCCGCUGCGGGACCGGCUGAGUUUCCUGAGCCGGCUGCCCGCGCUGCUCAGGGGCACCGCGGACGAGGACGCGCCCUGCCCCGGCUACCUGCUCGAGGAGAUCGCCCAGAUCUCCCGCGAGUCCCCCGGCAGCAGCCAGUGUCUCCUGGAGUAUCUGCUCAACCGGCUGCAGAGCGACUCCUGCCACGUCAAGCUGAAGGUGCUGAAGAUCCUGCUGCACACGUGCACUCAGGGCUCCCCCCAGUUCGUCCUGCAGCUGAGAAGGAACGCCGCCUUCAUCCGGGAGGCAGCAGUGUUCACUGGGCCCCUGGACCCCCUCCACGGCAACAGCUUGAACCAGAAGGUCCGGGCAGCUGCGCAGGACCUGGCCAGCGUUCUCUUUUCGGAUGCUCUGCUCCCGCAGCCCACUGCACUGCCUGCCCGCCCUAUGGCUCCUGCAGGGAUGGGCUCCAAAUCGAGCCCCUGCAGCUCCUUGCAAGGAUUCGGCUUCAGCAGUGAGAAAAGCAGCUCUGCCUCCACAGGUGAAGCCCUGCUCAGCACCAUCCAGCGAGCGGCCGAAGCAGUGGCCAACGCUGUGCUUCCCUCCCAGGAGGGGCCCCGGCUUCAUCGCAGGGAGCUCCACGAAGAUGCCUACCAGCCUGUGUCGGCACCCCCUCCCCAGAGAAGCGCGGCAGAGGCUGCAAAGCUGCCAGCAGCCGCGGCAGCGCACAGUGUCCGAGUGAGUCACCAGCCGGGGCUGGCCGGAGGCGGCUGGGAAGAGACGGACAGCGGGCACAGCUCCCAGGACUCCUCGCAGGAGAACGGCGAGCUGAGCCGCACCUCCGACUCCUACAGCAAGUCGGGCAGCGACAGCCACUCCGGGGCCAGUCGGGAGGUGGCGAACGUGGCUGAGAGGGUGGACGCUGACAGCCUGGGUGACUGUGUGCGGGAGGUGAGCCUGGUGACGGCGCUGACCCGAGGUGCCAGGGUCUUCCUGACCAGGGAGGAGACACAGCACUUCGUCAAGGAGUGUGGGCUGCUGAACUGUGAGGUGGUGCUGGAGCUGCUCAGCCGGGCCUUGGAGGACCCUAGUGAGAGCGUCCGCAUGCGGUCCAUGUGCGCCAUCUCGUCCCUCGUGUGCUCCGACCUGCUGUCUCUGGAUCAGAUCUUUGCAAUGACUCGACAGCCCCUGCAGCAGCUCAGCCAAGGCAGCCCCGGACCUGUGGCCAACAGAGCGACGAAGAUCCUGAGGCAGUUCGAGGCUCUGUGCAGAGGCCAACCUUCGCCAAAGAGCUCGCGACCGGACACAGAUCCCGCCGCCCUUGCUGUGGGCUCGGCCCUGUGCACCCAGGACUUGCUGACGGACAUCCCGCCCCUGACCGGCGAGGGCAUCCUCAAGCCUGUGAGCGUAGCCCCGCUGCCCGUGGCCGCGCCGGCCCGCGUCGCGGAGCGGAAGGUGGAAGCAGAGAGCUGCCAUCAGUCCGGCAUCGCAGCGCCAGCUUGUCCCCGCAAGCCAGAAGCAGCGAGCAGACUGGGAGGGAGCCCAGGGUGUAGGGCAGGUGGUGCUGCGCCCUCCCAGAGCCUGUCCCUCUUUGCCGGCAUGGAGCUGGUGGCCCGUCCUGGCACGGUGCUCUCCCAGGACUCUCCCCCCGCAGAGUGGCGGACACUGUCCCAUGCCGGGGACGCUGGUGCUUCGAGUCAGACAGCUGCGGAGUGCAGCAGGGAACCGUCUGCCUUCUCCUUUCUCAACGUGUAGCUGCUAUCACGCUCGUCGGGGGGCUGCUGGACACGGGCUGCUGGGGGCUCUCACCCUCCCUCCUGCUUCAGGUCCCACCGGGUCUCCCUUAUGGGCAUGGCCCCGCCAGGCUGCACAGCCCUUCCAGGAGCCCCCCAGGUGUUUCUGCAUGCUGCCCUUUGGGGUGGCCAGCUGCUGACCUACAGCCUUCAGCAGGGAAGGGGUCUCCACUUGCCCCCUGCUUUCCUCAUCACACACUGGGAAAAAAAAAGCCUUGAGCAGCCCUGCAAUAACAGCCCCCGGGGGGAGAAGAGGGAAAAGGAGCUGGGAUGGCAGCUUCGGGGCUGCCAAGGAGGUGCAGGGUGCGCAACUGCCCCUGGCAGCCGAGCUUUAGGGGGGUUACGAUGUCCCUGCGCCGUCCUGCGGAGACCGAGGUGGAUCCCGCCCGGCUCGGCACCGUGGCUUAGCUGCCGCCCGGGCUUUUGCCAAACCGCCUCGGUUUCCUGGGAGCCACGGGUGCAGGGCACAGGCACUGGCGCUGCGGAUUUGCUGCCCGGGGAGGGGGGCAGCCUGGCCUGGGUCCCAAGUUCCCCCAAACUUGGGUCAGUUUGGGGAAAACCCCCCGGCCAGGGCGGCUUCGCCCCUCUUCCCUCGCAGUGUUGCCGCCUCGCGCCCCGGCGGCGGCUUCUUGCUCCCGUUGCCUUUCCGUGCCCGCGGGGCCGGGGCCGGGGCCGGGGCCGGGCGGGAAGGGCCUCGCCACUGGGACUUUGUGAAUAAACCGCGCUGCUGGGCCCACCGACGCCUGCCGCCUCCUGGCCUCGCGCGCGGAGGGGGGCUCGCGGC